CUUUUCUCUGCAGAUCUGAAGAGCACAGUCAAGACCACAGAUACCCGUGGAGGCCCUCCCAAGACAUCUGCUUCUCUGGGACUGGGGGCCUUGCACAGGACUGUAGGGAGUUGGUUGAAGGACUUGGGGAGCCCAGAAGCUACCACUGAGCCAAGGCCCUCAGCAGAUCACGUGAUGCCCACCCACAUGGCUGAGGGCAGAUCUUGACUCACUCCCUCCAUUCAGAUGCUCAUCUUUCCUGGAAACACCCUCACGGACACCUCCAGAAAUAAUGCUUCCCCGGCCAUCUGGGUUUCCCUUGGUCUGGUCAAGCUGACACAUAAAAUAAACCAUCACAAGCAUGCUGCAUGCAUGCAGCGGUCUUGUGCAAUUUCUGCCCCAUGGAUUAUGUUCUGAAGAGGCUCUUUGAUUUACUCAGCAACCUCAGCCACCCGAAACACUGCCAGGAACUCAGAAGACAGCCAGAGGGCCUUCUGAGCAAAUAGAAGUUGCAAGUCCAUGCAUGGAAGUUUGAUGCUCUUUUCAUUGAUCAGUUCUCAGGCUUUGUUUCUUCAUUUUACAUACAAGACAAUUGCAUAUGCUUAUCCGGCUUCCCAGCCUUCAGCAAAUUGGCAGUCGGGUGGAGGAGCAGACACAGCCCAGGCAGGGCUGCAGCCAACGCAGAAGGCACUUGGUUCAAAUCAGAAAGAGGCACCCCUCUGAGCAGACAAAUUACAGCAAGUUCCUCUUUGGACGGAUGAAUUGCAAAACCUCACCCUCCCUGCCCAGAACCACCUCUGUGCAGAAAAGCAACCACCUUGUUUUCUAUUCUGCUGCCUAAGACAACCACAUCCUCCUCCUACACCCAAAGACUCCCAUGGAGAGCUCAGAUGUGGAGCUGGACCUCCAGAGGAGCGUGCAGGCUGUGCUCCGGGAGCUCAGCACCCAGGCCCCUGCCCUGCAGAGCAACCAAGGCAUGUGGAGGUGGUCCCUGCACAAGAAGGUCGAGCGAGAUCCUGGGAAGAGCCCGGCGCUGGUCCGCAUUCUGCUCAGAGAACUGGAGAAGGCGGAAAGCGAGGACCUCCGGCAUGUCAUCAUUCCCUUGCUGCACACUGUAAUGUACGUGCUCACCAAGGCCACAGGAAUCACAGAGGAGCUCCACCAGAGAAUCUAUGCCUUUUGCACAAGGCUACUGACCCUGCCCACCCCCUACUGCACAGUCGCCUUGGACUGCGCGAUAAGGCUGAAAACAGAGACGGCUGUCCCAGGGACACUCUACCAAAGGAUGGUCAUUGCCGAACAGAACUUGAUGAAUGAACUGUAUCCCUACCAGGAGAGAGUCUUCCUCUUCGUGGAUCCUGAGCUGGUGUCUGCCUCCGUGUGCAGUGCUCUGCUACUGGAGAUCGAGGCGGCCCAGGAGCAGCAGACACCAGAGGCCUGCAUGCGCCACGUGGUCUCCCACGCCCUGCAGGCAGCUCUGGGGGAAGCCUGUCACGCAGGCGCUCUGCACAGGAAGUUGCAGGCCAGCCCUCGCCGCACCCUGGAGCACUAUUUCCACGCCGUGGUGGCUGCCGUGGAGCAGAUGGCCAGUGAGGCCAGCCCGAGCCGGGAGGGACACGUGGAGAGGCUGGAGGAGAUUUACUGCUCGCUGCUGGGGCCCGCGGAGGGGCCCAGAGGUGGUGACCCUGUCCAAGAGCGGCCACCAAGCAUUCCCCUGCCCAGCCCCUACAUCACCUUCCACCUGUGGACCGGCGAGGAGCAGCUCUGGAAGGAAUUGGUGCUCUUCCUCCGCCCAAGAUCCCAGCUGCGCCUCAGUGCUGACUUGGAGGUCUUGGACCUGCAGGGCCUCCGGCUAGACCGGGAGUUGGCCCGGGUUUCCGUGCUGUCCACUGACAGUGGCAUUGAGCGGGACCUUCCCCCGGGAGCUGAUGAACUGCCUGCACCCAGCAGCCCUGAGAUGGAGCGAGCUGGGCUGCAGCGCAAAGGGGGCAUUAAGAAGCGUGCGUGGCCCCUGGACUUCUUGAUGCCUGGCGGCUGGGACGGACCCCUAGGGCUGCACCGGAGGACAGGCAGGCCCGGUGGGGAUGGGGAAGUGCUGCCCGGUGUCUCCCGGCUGCACACAGCCCGGGUACUUGUGCUGGGAGAUGACAGGAUGCUGGGGCGCCUGGCCCAGGCCUACCACAGACUCAGGAAACGGGAGACCCAGAAGUUCUGCCUCACUCCCAGACUCAGCCUGCAGCUCUACUACAUCCCCGUGCUGGCACCUGAGAAGCCUGCAGCAUCCAGGCAGCCAGAGCUGGGAGAGCUGGCUACAUUCCUGGGCCGCGCAGACCCGUGGUACCAGAGCAACGUCAACACGCUGUGCCCCGCCAUCCACAAGCUGGCUGAGAUGCCUCCUUCCCUGGACUCAUCCCAGACUGUGGACCCCUUCAUCCUAGACGUCAUCACCUACUACAUCCGCAUGGGCACCCAACCCAUCUAUUUCCAGAUCUACACAGUCAAGAUCUUCUUCAGUGACCUGAGCCAAGACCCUACUGAGGACAUUUUCCUCAUUGAGCUGAAGGUGAAGAUCCAAGACUCUAAAUUCCCCAAAGAUGGCUUUUCACCCAGGAGGAGAGGCGUGGCCGAGGGCCCAGGGGCGGAGCUCUCCCUGUGCUACCAGAAGGCCUUGCUCAGCCACCGGCCCCGAGAGGUCACCGUUUCCCUGCGGGCCACUGGGCUGGUCCUGAAGGCCAUUCCAGCCAGCGAUGCAGAAGUUUCAGGGUCUCGCCAUUGCCCCCUGCCUGCUGCUCCUGUCACAGACCACACAUGUCUGAAUGUCAGUGUGACAGAGGUUGUCAAGUCCUCCAACUUGGCGGGAAAGUCCUUCUCUACGGUGACCAACACCUUCAGGACGAACAAUAUCCAGAUCCAGAGCCAGGACCAGAGGCUGCUGACAUUGUCACUGGACAAGGACGAUCAACGCACUUUCCGGGACGUGGUCAGAUUCGAGGUUGCUCCCUGCCCAGAACCAUGUUCCGAGGCCCAGAAGUCCAAGGCGCCGUGGCUCAAUUUGCAUGGGCAACAGGAGAUGGAUGCGACCAAAGCCAAACCCAAGCCCCUUCUGAUGCCCAUCAACACAUUCUCUGGCAUUGUCCAGUGAGCCUGCAGGGACAGCAGGCCCGGGAGGAAGGAUACACUACCCCACCAACCCCAAGCACUCACACCAACAGCCAGAGCAAGGCCCAGCUCCACACGGCAGCUUUGGCCUUGACCAGGAGCCAGCGAGGGCCUGGGAGCACAGGGAGCCUACCGUGGGGGCUGUGACGAGGAAGGGCCCGCACGGAGGUCUACGGAUGGCCCCGGCAAUGCCGCAGCUGCUUGAGAACACGCACACCAAGCCCAGCUUCUCACACAAAUGUCUACGCCUUCAUUUAACUUCAAUUCCCACUUCUCCCGCUGUCCUCUCCCACCCAAGCUCCCCACCCAGCCCGUAAAACCUGUCUCGGCCAGAGCCCUGUGGCCUAGGGGAAAACGGGAAAAUGGGAAGCAGGGAACAGCAGUGGCACCACCUCCCUCCCGUCUCUUCCCUUCCCACUCUCAGGCCACUGCCCACCUCACCCAGUCCACGCAGGUGUCUCUAUCAGGUGGGAGAAAAAUGUCAGAUUCAAUAAAUGUACACUGAAGUC